UUCCCGGAAUCACACACAAAGCACUUGUAAAUAAAGCACUUUUAUUUUUAAUCUCACAAGCCCCGCUAAUAUUGUUCCCCUCCCUUCCCCUCGCACCCAUCCACCACCUCGACGCUGUGCGCCGCAAAGCGAUGGCGAUGGUCACUACUGAAGCGGCCGCCGCCGCCACCACCGCCGCCACCGCAGCCGCAGAGAAGCCGCAGGACGUCGAGAAGCCGGACUACGCUCCCUACAACGGCGCUUCCACCACCGCAGAUGGCGGCACGGGCGCCCGCGCCCGCCGCGGCGACGGCGGCGGUGGCGUGGUGGACUCGGUGGUGGCGCGGUGGCGGCGGGAGGACAUGCUCGACAAGAGCCCCCUCGCGCUGCAUGCCGCGGCCGCCAUCUUCGCCUUCGUCGCGCUCGUGCUCGUCGCGUCCAACCAGCACGGCGACUGGAUGCAGUUCGACCGCUACCAGGAGUACAGGUACCUGCUUGCAAUCGCGUCGCUGGCGUUACUCUACUCGCUGGCGCAGGCGGCGCGGCACGCUCAUCGGAUGCGCGGCGGCGUCGAUCCCGUCUCCUCAGCGUCUGCGAGGCUUCUCGAUUUCGUCGGUGAUCAGGUAGUUGCAUACUUGCUGAUGUCCGCACUGUCAGCUGCCGUCCCCAUCACGAACCGCAUGAGAUCUGCAGUUGUCAACAACUUCACAGAUGCAACUGCUGCAGCAAUCAGCAUGGCUUUCUUUUCAUUUGUAGCUCUCGCCUUGUCAGCAGUGGUUUCUGGUUACAAGCUCUCCAAACAAACAUACAUGUGAAUCAUCGUUGUAGAAGUAAAACCCAUUGGGUGGAAUAUUCAUUAUGGAUUGCUAAUCCAAAGAAGAGAAGCCUCUGAUGCUCCUCUUCAACUUGAAGGUCAUCUGUUAUGUGCUACGGUGAUUGUUGUUGCUUGCAGUAGCUUCCAUGUGUGUACAUAAAAUUAUAUGCGGCAUUCCCGAAUAUGAUUGUUUUCCUUUCUAAGAUAUUGCUGUCAUGAUGAGAA